GAUUGGGCUGACACGUCAGAGCCCACUUUAGAAACUGAACACUAUAUAAACAUCGGUAAUUUGAGUGAGCCCUAGAAUUCAAUUUUAUUCCUAAUCAAAUCAAAAUUUCAGGUGAAUAAUUUCUGAAUCGGAGCAGAAACCCUAAAUUCCGCAUGGAGGAGAAUCGGUGGACGGCGAUCAGAGAAGAUACGGAAGUAUUUCUGUUUUACAUGAGUGGUGCGAGGAGGGAACUUGAUCAAUUGAGUGCUCUUCAGUUGCAACUCAAUCCGAUGAAGAAAGAUACCGCGAUCGGAGAAACCGAAAUCGGUUCAAUUGAAGAAGCCAUUGAUCGGCAGAAGAGCGUGUGCGAGUACUGGCAAAAGAAAUCGGAUGAAAAGGAAGCCGAAUUGCAUCGCAAGAUUGAAGCUUUCUCCACGUCCAAGUGGGUAAAGAUUUUGAAGCCAGCUGAUCUGUCGGCAAUUCUGACGGUGAGAAAGAAUUUUCCGGCGAAGAAGCUUAGAUUCUGUUUGGGGAGGAAAGCUCGAGAUGUCGAAAGCAUCCAGCGAUUCGCGGAGGAGUUGGGGAUUGGAGUUAUGACAGUUGGCGUGCUUUAUGAAUUGGCUGAAGGGAAGUUCGAUGUUGUAUCGGAACCCGAGUGCCGUGCUCUACAAUUCACGUAUUAGCGGAGGUGGACUUGUUGAGAAAGUAGAUUGCGACAAAAGUACGAUAGAUAACUUGAAGGCGUGUGGAAAUUUCAUAACCGGACCUUCAACCAAAAUUCAGUGUUGAUUCUUUGAUUCUUGCAGAGGAGCUUAGUCAUACGAAAGUUUUACAUAUGUUCGUUUUUCGGGAUGUUAUCUUGUAAUUAGGCUGAUGUUUCUCAACUUUCUUUUUCCAGUAGUCGUGAUUUUAAUAUUUUCAAUAGUAAUUAGGCAUCAUCAACUCAUUAUUCAGCUGUUGUUUUCUGCUUCUUAGUCAUUAUACUCAUAUUGGGCCCUCAAAAGUAAAAAUUUACAAAUCCACUUAAUUG